GUUGUCAUUUAUGGAGGAAUUAUGAGAGGAGCGUAUCUUUAACUUGAAGUCGCCGCGAAAGCUCUCUAACGCCUGCCGUCUUCACCUCUGAUGUCCGUACUCUGCUUGCAACUCCCAUAGAUUUCACCCAGAUUCGAUCUUUCUCAUGGCGGGUCUCAAUGGCCCUCUGAGGCUGCAGGCCUCCUCCACCACUUCCAGCGCGAGCUUUGCAUCGAGGAUAGUCCUUCUCCUCACGGCUCUUCCCCUCGCUCUUGCGGCAUUUGCCUUUAUGCUCCAAUGGCGCGGUGAGAUCAACGAUCCUUCCUCUGCCUGGCCUAGCGACAGGCAGACUUUCCCCGGAAUGGACAAUAGCCCAAUCGGAUCCUCGGGCGCCUCCACCUUUUCCUCAGUUUCCCGCUCUUCUUCGUCGUCCUCAUCCUCUGAUUGCGUAGAGAUUCUCAGCCGAAGUUCCUCUGGAUCUCUGCCUUACUACCACGGAUCGAGCUAUGAUUCUGAUCUUAAUCUGCGACCCAGAAUCUGCAUCACAUCAAGCACGUCUGCUGGAUUAGAGCAGAUUUUACCAUGGUUGUAUUUCCAUAAAGUUAUUGGGGUUUCCAAGUUCCUUUUGUUUGUGGAAGGUACAGCUGCGAAGCCUGAUGUUUCAGCAGUCCUUGAAUCAAUUCCUGGUGUGAAAGUGAUAUACAGAACUGCUAAACUUGAAGAUAAGCAGGCUAAAAGCCGCAUAUGGAACGAGACUUGGCUGUCAAAUUUCUUUUACAAACCAUGUAACUAUGAAUUAUUUGUUAAACAAUCGCUUAACAUGGAGAUGGCAAUUGUUAUGGCACGGGAUGUUGGAAUGGAUUGGAUUAUCCAUCUUGACACUGAUGAAUUAUUACAUCCAGUGGGAGCCCAAGAAUACUCAUUAAGGCAGCUGCUUUCAGAUGUUCCUAGCAAUGUUGAUAUGGUUAUCUUUCCCAAUUAUGAAAGUAGCAUCGAACGAGAUGACAUCAAAGACCCAUUUAGUGAGAUCUCCAUGUUCAAGAAAAACUAUGAUCAUCUACCAAAGGAAACUUAUUUUGGACUGUACAAGGAAGCAACACGCGGCAAUCCCAACUACUUUCUCACCUAUGGAAAUGGAAAAUCUGCUGCACGGAUUCAAGAUCAUCUACGUCCUAAUGGAGCUCAUAGAUGGCACAAUUAUAUGAAAACUCCAAACGAGAUCAAAUUAGAGGAGGCUGCCGUUCUACAUUACACAUAUUCAAAGUUUUCAGAUUUGACAUCAAGGCGCAACCGCUGCGGUUGCAAGCCAACAAAAGAUGACUCGAAAAGGUGCUUUAUGCUAGAAUUUGAUAGAACUGCUUUCAUGAUUGCUUCAACAGCCUCCAAGGAAGAAAUGUUGCGAUGGUUCCAUGAACAUGUUGUAUGGGAUGACAAGCAACUAAAUCUGAAACUCCUCAGGAAGGGCAUUCUGACCCGUAUAUAUGCACCCAUGAGCAUCAUUCGAGGUUUGAGAGAUUCCGGCAUUUUCACUGCAACGAUUGCUUCUGCAAGUUCUCAAUCCAAGCAGAAAUUAUUAUCAUCCAUGGAGAAUCUUCAAAACAGUUCUGUUGCUGGACAAAAUCCACUUAAGGAUGAUCUCCUUCAACAAAGCACUUCUCAGGAAUCAUCAAAGGCGACGGCACGGAAAGUAUUGGAAACUGGAAGCAACGAAGAUGGUGCAGUUCCUCCAUUAUCUCCACCAGAAACAACUGGAUAUCAGCUCUUUAGCAGACCGGAUUGAAACGAGCUGGGACAAGUUUUCUGAUUAUCGUCGAUGAACAUGAGCUCAGAAUGAGGUAUUGUUUUAUACAGAGAUUUAGGGUUCGUUUGGCUUUUUUACUACUUCAUAAAGCAGCUUUCUAGUACAAUUUUGUGCUAAAAAACUGUUUUAAAAAACAGUAAGAAAGCUAUCCCAAACAAAGUCUAAAAAACUUACGCUUGUAGUGAGUUGUAUAAUAUAUUAUCAUAAUUAAGAGAUGAAAUGGCAAAUAGUUAGAUUAGAUUAGUGACAGCAUGAACAGUAGAAUUAUAACAUUGUAAAGCUUUUUUUUUCGAACAGUUCUGUUAUGAUUUUCUUUGGUGAGUUUAACCAUUUCUUGCAGAUUUAACACUUAA